CUCCUGUUCUUACUGCACUGUGCAGCUUACAUUUCAGCUGAGGAAGAGUCGUGACUCAUGCAGGUUCGCCGGGGUCUCAUCCCCGACUUUUCUUCUAAAGCACGCUUUUAAUUUCAGCUGUCGGCGUCUCUGCGUCUGCGUGUAUCCACCAGGGGAACGCCGAUCCAGUCCAUUAACGCGGAUUCCUGGCAGAUUUCUCUAGGAUCCCUGCUUUUUGGAGGUCGAAAGAAAAUGUGUUCUUUUCUAAUUUUGUGGCUCUCAUGCCUUCUCAUGAAUGAGUCUGUUGUGGUUUAACUUUUGUUGUUAAACUAAUAGCGUCGUUAGGUUCUGGGUGUCUGUGCGUAAAAGCUGGCUCGCCCGCCGUUGCACGACGCGCUGUCAUUGAAAGUAGGAUACGUUUCAAGGCGCACUCAUGACUUCGAGUCCAUCUUCUGCAGAGACCUGUUGGAUUAUCAGAAAAACACCUGAAAAGGUCGACCCGUUCGGAGAGUUAGGUUUGUGCUCUGUAAAGUCAGCUCGUCUUUCAGUGCUCUCAUGGAAGAAAGUAUGUUUUUGUGCAACGCGAGUGCCAUAAAGGACUGGAGCUUUUUCCUGUCUAAGAUCUUGCCUCUGAUGAAUAAAACCACGGGCUUGGUCAGCAUGGAUAAAUCGGAGACUGUGACCACCACGGUGGUGACAUCUCUCCAGCCGGACGGGGCAAUGAGCGCCAGUAACCCGCCUCCAAACUCCAACCAAACCUCGGGCAUGGAGCAUAUCUUUCAGUAUUCUUUCUCGGAGAAUGACCUGCUGUUCACGGACUACAGGACGCCCGCCAGGGACUCCAUCCCGCUGCCCAAAGCGGUCCUGUACCUGGUCAUGGCCGCGCUGGUGGUGGUGGCGGUGGCGUAUGCGAUAGUCGGACAUCUGGUCAAGGAUGUUGUGAAUGACUUUGUUGGUGGAGGCCGGUCAAUUGUUGCUGAAGGUGACGGUGGAGAAACCAGUGAGCCAGAUUGGGUAUUUGACCCUCGUCGAUCUGCAAACCGCAACAAGACAGAGAUCAGCUGCAUCACCGACAACAUGCAUGAGAUGGGUGAGUUGGCUGAGAGGCCUCGGCUGCUGGAAAUGAGCUACAUAUCUCUGAACCACACCAACAGCCUGAGCCCCAACAGGCCGGAGGAGACCGUGUUCACGGUGGAUGAGACCCUCGAGCAACAUCUUCCGGACUCACACCCCGGGACUUAAAUGUGACCCCAUGUUGUUUUCCUGAGAGAAAUAAAGCAGCAUGUUUGCUUGCUUGUCCUAUUUGAGGUGGAUUCACGAGUUGUUUGUGAAUGGAAGCUUUUAUCCACUGUGGCCUCGCCUUCAGGAUGGCAGUGAAAGCUGUGAUGUUGGGCCAUAGCGAAUGUGGAGACAUCAGAUGCUGAUGUUUGUUUUAAUGGGACUCCUUCAUGUCAGGAUCAGUGAAGAGAAGACGGCGCCAUUUUAAUUUGGAUUACAGAUGGACUGUUUUCCCCCAUGUUUCAUUCCUGUCAUCAUGACCUUUUCAAUACAAGCUUUAAUGUAUAACUGUUCCACACUGCUUCUCUCUCUGUAAUCACAUUUAUCACCUGACAUAUACACCUCGGUUCCUUACUGUAAUAUUACCUUACAGGUACCUGUUUAAAACCAGUUUAGACUGGUUUUAAAUUAGCAUUAACUCUGCAUCAGACUGUUCUUUCUGUGCACAUUGUUGUAAUUAAUGAGGCAAAAAAUAUUCGCCUUUUUGUAACACCAUGCUGUUAGCUUGAUGUGAAAAAGUGCUGAGUCACCUCUGAAAGCUUUGUUCCACCCAACUGCAAAAAAAUCUAAUGAGAAAUCAGUGAAAGCCAGUUAUCAGUGUAGCUAUUUCGGAUUGAAUGUCAGUUUACUUGUUUUACCUCACUUUUAAGGGCUGCAUGCUGCUGCUGAGACCCAAUACUAAAACCAGUGGGGCUUAAUCUUUUUUCUGUGCAUGUUGUGAUCAUCCUCCCAUGAAUCUGUAAGGUAAAAUAUUAAAAUGGUGUUUCUACUCUUUCAUGUUACAUAUAUUAGCACCCAUUGAAUAAAAUGCAAAAACUUUAGUUUUUAUACUUAAAGCGGUCAGCCACUGUAGCUUUUUUUAAAAUGCAUGAAUCAAUAAAGUUGUAGAUGAGA